AUGUCUUUCAAAUCAAAACAAAGCCGAAUGAAAUGCUGGAUAGCCAGGGACCAAUAUUGGGAUUGUCUUAACACUGAUUUUUCCAAACAAUUACCAGAAUCUCAAGAACCUUGUGAAUUUCUAAAAUCCAUAUUAGAAUCGAAUUGUCCUAGUCAAUGGAUUAAACAUUUCGAAAGAAAACGUCAACAUUUAUUGUUGGUGGACAAAGUCGAAAAAGAAUGUCUUCAUAAAUUGGUAUUAAAUUUUACUAAACACAAAUACUGGCUUAAAUUAGAUAAUACCAUCAUCUCCAAAAUUUUGUUGAUCAUAAAUUCAAAUUGGGAUAACACCGUUACCGGAGUUCGUGAAAAUAAUUGCAAAAUUUUAAAUGAAACUUUAAAACAUUUGGAGGAAACUGCUGUGGUAAAAAUAUUUCAAGACACAUUGAUACAUUUAUCCUGGUUGUGCAAAAGUAAAUAUUUCAUCCUUCUUGAGAUUCUUAAGACACAUUCUUGUGAUUAUGUAUUUGAACAUUUUUGUCUGUGUGACAAGAAUCAAGAAAAUUUUGUCCUGAAUUUGGAGUCUUUUUGUGAUGGUCUUCUCAGUAGUUUAUCGGCUGGAGGAGUUAUUUCAGCAGGAACGAAUUUGUUUAUUGAACUAUGGAAAAGUAUUCAGGCCAGGAAUUAUCUACAGGAGAAAAUAUUGGAGAAAUUAAAAACUGAACCAGUUAGUGUAAUUCAAACGUUAUACAACUAUUGGUUACCUCACAUCGUUAAAACAACUCCAGAAAUUAUACUAAAAUUCUUAGAGGAAUUAAAAUUGUCGACUAAUUCUAAACAUUGGUACUCUAUUUGUUGUCUUCUUGUAUUAUGCAGAAAAAAUGGUUUGAUUAAUGAAAUCUCAAAAGAUGAGCAUAUUUUGCAACUAUUGAAUAAUUGUUCAGCCAAUUCCAAUGAAAGUUUAAGAAGUUUGUACUUCCAAUUUCUAUGUAUCACUCCAAAAACUUUUAUAAGCCCUACAGCUGAGGAAUAUAAAAAAGUAAAAAUAUUUCUAUUUUGCAAUGCAAGUAGUGAUUGCACAUACUUGAGACAAAGUAUAGUUAAUAGUUUUACCUUAUUUAUUAUACGUGUAAGAGAUUCAUCUUUGAAUAAUUUUAAAUUGCUUAAGAAAGACGACUCGAAUCUUGAAAUUCGCCAAAAUUUGUUAAACAUGGCAGAAUUUUUAAAUUGGAUACAUGCAUUUUUGACCGUCAAUCUAAACUCUGAAGCAAACUACCAAAGAAAAUAUCUAUCUCUGAUGCUGUACGAUGUAGUUUUGAGGUACUUGAAUGGAGGUACUGAAAAUUUGGAAAACAGAAGAAAAGGUUUAUGUAGAAAAGGAAAUUUGAAAUCCCAAGGCAUGAAAGUUUGUGAAUAUCUCAUGAAAGAAAACCAAUGGAAAUUUACUAAUGAUGAUAGCCUAGAACUUUUACUAAGAAGCGUUUUGGAUCCAACAAAUGACGUUAGGGAAUUAGCAGUUAAAAUUAUGGUAGAAUAUUUUGUUUAUUCAGAUUUUCAAGAUGCAAAACAAAUUGUUUUAAAGUCUUUUGGAUUGUGUAAUAGUACAACUACACAUGAAACUGAAUGUGGAGCUUUAUAUGUGGUGCUUUUGCUGCAAUUACAGAAACAUGAUGAAAUUUUGGGAUUGAUGAAUGAAGUUUUAAAUACAAAAUCCAGAACUAUUAUAGAAUGUUUAACAAAUUUAUUGGAACAACAAUAUGUUGAAUUUGUACAAGAUUGCGUGAAAGCUAUUUUAAAUCACAAACCUAUGUACGGAAUUUUAACAGCUUUGAAAUUUUUAAUAAACAAUUGCACAUUGAGUGAAGCAAUUUUAAACACUGAAUCUCUGACAAAUCUUGUACAAACGACUGAAAAAAUAAGCCAAUUUUGUUUAAAUACAUUUGCGAUAACAGCUCCGAAAACAGAAUAUUUAGUUGCUCCAAGUUUUUCAGAAAUGGAUGAUGCUGUAACGUUUUUGAUUUCAAAUUCAAAAUCGGCUGAGGAAAUUGAUUGUUCCAAUAUUUAUCAAGACGUUUUUAAUUCUUUGUGGAUGACUUUAAGGUUGUGCACGGAUAUAUCAUCAGCAUUAGCAAUUACUUUAAUUAAUGGAAGUGAGUAUUUAUCAAAUUCAGAUACCAAUUCAAAUGAGGUGAUAACGCGGUGUUCCCAAAUUAUUGUUUCUGCAUUAACUAGAUGUAGACACAAAGGUGUCAUAGAAGGUGCCGGACUCAGUUUAGCUAAUUUUAUUCGUAAUUUGACCAAAGCUCAUCCAGAAUCCAAACUUCCUGAACAAAUUUUGGAGAAACAUAUUUUAAGUACUUUGACCUCAACUUAUCAGGGUCCAUCCAUGACCCGCAGGGGAGCCGGUAUGGGAAUUUUAUUUCAUAGGCUAAUUAGCUCUGAUAAUAGAGACAAUAAGCCUCUUUUAAAACAUGCUAUGACUAAUUUACUGAUGAUUCUCAAAGAAGUUGAUACAGAACCUGUGUUAACUGUAUCCCAAAGUAUUGUUGAUGAUAAAAAUCUUGAAAAUAUUGAAGGUUCUGAAGAAAUGGCUAAAAAAUCUCAGUCAGAAGUCAGUGAUGUAAUCGAGGCAUCGGUUCUUCAUUAUGUUAAGGGUUUAGUACAAGAUUCCAGUUUAAAAGUAGAUUUAGCUCCUUAUAUGAGUGAACUGACUGGAUUGGCUUUCAAAUAUUUCUUUGCUCCUUCCUGGCCUAUUAGAAAUGGAGCUCUUCAAUUAUUUGGGGCAAUCGUUCCAAAAUUCAUCGGUCAAAAAAAGGGAGUAGUAGGAACUCUUGAUGAUACUGCUGUUGAGAUCCCACCGAGUGAAGGUAUUUUACAUUUGAAGAUGAAUUAUCUUUUUAUAGAUGUUGGUGAGUUACUUCUACACUACCCAGAGUUAAGACAAAUUAUAUACACAACUUUAACGACAAAGAUCGAAGACACUUGCAAUGUAAUUUCUAACCAUGCAUGUUUAGUCCCUGUUUUAAGUUUAUUAAGUGGUGCUGUUGUGGGUUUGACUACUUCAUACGACGAUUCUUUGAAACAAACCGUUUUAGAUUUUCAAGUUGCAUUUGUAAACUUAUUUUCUAGUCCAAUACAGGUUGUGAGAAAUUUGGCAGCAAAAUGUUAUGCCUGUCUUACACGUUUACCGGAGAUUCAAAAUCAAAUUAUUUAUUUGUGUAAACAGUUGACUUUGAGUAACAAAGAAAAUUUUACUCACGGAGCCUUAUUAGGUCUUGCUUACUUGGUAGAUAAAUUUUUGAUACAAGGUAAAUAUAUGUUCGAUAAAAGUAUAGAUAUCGAAAUUAGCAAUGAAAUAUUAAAGUUGAGUGAUAGUUUUACCAGUUCAACAUAUUACACCAAAACCUUAAACACAACUGUGGACUGGGUUUUUAUUAAAGAUAUUUUAAAAACUACUUGUACUUACGCCGAAUACUGUACUGAAGAUGUUAGAAUCAAUGUUGCAAAAUCCUUGAACAACAUUGUAUUAAUUUUAUUCAAAGGAUCUCGAAAUAAUCAAAUUGAUAUAUUCCUUGAAGACAAGGUGAAAUGCGUUAACACUAUAAUUAAUUUACUGCAAGAUGAAAAUGUAGAUAUAAGAAAUGAAAUGACUAAUUUUUAUUCUGCCCAUUUAAAAUAUAACGGCGGAUCUAUAAAUCCUACAUUUGAACUAAGUUCGAACGAAGUCGGAGGCAAGUUUGAAACUUAUGAGAAUCAAGUAGGCAUCAAGUUAGAAUCUGGUAAGAAUCUUACUUAG